GAAACGCUCCACGGUUUGUUGCAGCAUACGUAAGAUGGCCGUGCUCCUUCGCCACUGCUGCCCUUCCCUCUUCACAGCAGUGAUCCUGCUCUUGUUCUGUCCAUCUCCGGCGUCGCCUCAUGCUUUCUUCAUCUUCGGCGACUCCCUCGUCGACGCGGGCAACAACGACUAUCUCGUGACCCUCUCCAAGGCCAACACCCCGCCAUACGGCGUCGACUUCUCGUUUUCUGGCGGCAAGCCGACCGGGAGAUUCACAAACGGCAGGACCAUUGCGGAUGUCAUCGGUGAAGCCUUGGGGCAGGAGAGCUUUGCUCCUCCCUACUUGGCUCCAAACUCUAGUGCUGAAGUGAUCAACAGUGGAACCAACUAUGCUUCUGGUUCUUCCGGCAUUUUCGACGAGACCGGUUCCUUUUACAUCGGAAGGGUGCCACUCGGACAGCAAAUCAGCUACUUUGAGAAGACCAGAGCUCAGAUACUGGCGACCAUUGGGGAGAAAGCCGCGGCCGACUUCUUGGGGGAGGCGCUCAUCACGGUGGCUGCUGGAUCCAAUGACAUUUUGGAGUACCUCUCACCUUCAGUGCCAUUCUUCGGACGACAGAAGCCUGAUCCUGCAGAUUUUCAGGACGCCUUGGUUUCCAAGUUGGCAUUUCAUCUGAAGCGGCUGAACGAACUCGGGGCUAGGAAAUUUGUCAUCGCCGACGUCGGGCCGCUGGGCUGCAUACCGUACGUCCGCGCCCUGGAGUUCAUCCCUGCCGGGGAGUGUUCCGCAGCUGUGAACAAGCUCUGCGAAGGCUACAACAAGAGGCUGAAGAGGAUGAUCGGCAGGCUGAACCAGGAGAUGGGCCCGGAGAGCGCGUUUGUCUACACCAACACCCACGGCAUCGUCAUGGAGAUCAUUCGGCAGCACAGUCAAUACGGUUUCGAGGAGGCGCUGGACCCUUGCUGCGGCGGCAGCUUCCCGCCGUUCCUCUGCAUCGGCGUCGCCAACUCGAGCUCCGCCACCCUGUGCGAGGACCGCUCCAAGUACGUGUUCUGGGACGCGUUCCACCCGACCGAGGCCGUCAACUUCAUCGUCGCCGGCAGGAUCGUCGACGGCGGCGCCGCCGAUGCGUCGCCCGUCAACGUCCGCGCCUUGUUCCAGCGUCGAUACGGAUGAACGAGGAGAUCGCCUUGUGUGCGUGCAUGCACCGCAUCGUGGAAUAUCUUCUCCGCCCGCGCAACACUUUCCGCACGUCUUCAAACGUGUAGAACGUGACGGGCGACGGUGACUUUGACGCGCGGCAAUUUUCUUUUCUUUUUCCUUCUCUGCUGUCGUUGCCUUUGGCUGCUUUGUGAAGGCCGGAAAGU